GUUUAAAAAUUUUGACAAUGUCAAAUUGUCAAAACAAAUAACCUCUUCAUCAUAGUCCGUAAAUAUUUAAUUUCAAUUUUAUUCUACAAAAUGAAUUCGCGACAUAUUUUUAGUAGGUGCAAUAAACUACUGAUACAACAAACAAUAAACAGAGGUAACAGUUUCAAAGUUGUUAAACGUCCGGAUCCAAAAACUUUGAAAAUGCCUGCCCCGGGCACCGCUCCAAGCAUAAUGGCUAUAAUAAAGGAAAAAAUCAGACUUAAUGGACCAAUUACGGUGGCUGAAUACAUGCACAUUAUUACCACAAACCCUACCGAAGGAUAUUACAUGAAAAAGGAGGUUAUUGGCCAGGGUGGCGAUUUUAUAACUUCGCCAGAAAUAAGUCAACUAUUUGGUGAGAUACUGGGGGUAUGGUUCUUCUCUGAAACUCAAAAGCUGGGUCCUAGUAAGCCACUACAAAUAGUUGAACUAGGACCAGGCAAUGCGACUUUACUAUUGGAUAUUUUAAGGGUAGUGAACCGACUUGGAUACAAACCCAAGGACUUGAGUCUUCAUCUUGUGGAAAUAUCUUCAACCAUGCAGAUGGUACAAGCAAACAAAUUAUGUGUAUCACAUAGAGAAGUCAGCAUUGAAAAGCCACACAACUAUGAAGGUGAAACGAUCAGUGGUAUUAAAGUAUACUGGUACAAUGACUUAAAGAAAGUACCUAAUGACUUUUCUUGGUAUAUUGCUCAUGAGUUCUUCGAUGUAAUGCCCAUACAUAAGUUUGAAAAAACAAAUGAUGGAUGGCGAGAACUCUUAAUAGAUCUCGAUGGACAAGAGAAACUUUACUACAGAAUAACAGCAGAAGAAACAGUCUCAUGCAAGUCGUUAAUAAAACCUCCCAUAGAUUCUGGAGAUAGAACAGAGCUAGAGAUCAGUGCCCGGAGCCUUGGAAUUGCAAGGCAGUUGGCCACAAGAGUAGACAAAUAUGGUGGAAUUGCUCUCAUCGCUGAUUAUGGACAUGAAGGAGAAAAGGGUGAUACUUUUAGGGCCUUCCAUAAGCACCAAGUGGUGAAUCCUUUGGAAAAUCCUGGCAAAUGUGACUUAACAGCUGAUGUGGAUUUCUCUCAGUUAAGAAUUGCUGCUUCAAAGACUCCAACAACAGAGAAUUUUGCUUUGGUUAUGGGACCGGUCAAGCAGAAAGACUUCCUUGAGAGAUGUCAAGCCGAGGUCAGACUGAAGGUUCUUAUGGAUAAUGCAAAAUCUGAUGAAGACAGGGAAAAAAUUAAAAAAUCGUAUGAAAUGCUUGUAGAACCAGCGAAAAUGGGCGAAAGAUUCAAAUUCAUGGCUUUUUAUCCGUCAUCUAUGGUUGAUAUUUUAAAUAAAUAUCCACCAUUAGGAUUUUCUACUCCGAAAUCCGAAGAUGGAUAAUAACUAAUAAGUUAAUGUUUAUAUUUAAAUAAUUGUAUGUGUAGUAUAUUAAAUAUUUGCCUCUGUUAAAUAUUUUAAAUAGUUAUUAAUAAAUGUUUUUGUUAAUCGAA